UUUCGCCUCCACCAUCGCCUUUACGACCCGGAAUUUAUCGCGAAAUCCUCGCGAGCCGCCUUCACAAUGUCAGAUAUCGACGAUGAGCUCUUCGCCCUCGCUGGCGGUGACGAAGAUGCAGACGUCGAAGAAGGCGAGGCGUGAGUACCCUCUCUCACCUGUCACCCUCCUCCACUGCCUCUGCCUCGCGACUUUCCAUCGCUUCCAAUGCUCUAGGCCCUCCACCCAACUCUCUACCGACCACCUCAACCCCUUACCGCACCAUGGCGCUGACUCCACGUAGCUCGUCGCCUGCCGCCUCAUCGCCAAACUCGCUAGGAUCCGACGCCAUGGACGAGUCGGAUUCAGACCGCGACGAUGACGUACCAGAACGCGCUGCAGAUGUUCCCUACCCCCUAGAGGGCAAGUACAUCGACGAGGCAGACAAGCGCCACAUCCUGGGCUUGUCACAACUGGAUCGUGAAGAGAUUUUGGGUCAACGCGCCGAGGAGAUGAGCAGCGCCAACUUCAAGGCCGAGCUCGCCAGGCGCGCAGCAAAUGUCCAGAACGACCGGAAGCGCAAGGCUAGUUCCGAAGACGCCGACGAGCGUAAGAGCAGUCGCCCCAAGGUACAGCCGCGAAAGAACGAGAAGCUCGAGGCAUACAAGCGUGAGCGUGAGCAGCGCGGUCAGCAGCGGCAACGGAACGACGACCGACGCAGUGGCCGCAGGCGGUCCAGCUCCGCCGAUCGAGACGGUGGCUCAGAUGUCGACGCUGACGGUGAGAGCGACGUCGAGUGGGACGACCGCGUGCCAGAGAAGGCCCGUGAAGAGGUGCCUGCCACCCUUCGCGAUUUCGAGUCCGUUCGUGUUGGUCGAGGAUUCUUCUCAGAAGUCUGUUUCCAUCCAGGUUUCGAAGAGGCCAUGACAGGCGCAUUUGGACGUGUUGGUGUGGGCCAGGAUGCUCAACGCAGGACCCUAUACAAGAUGGCGCAAAUCAAGGGUUUCUCAGCUGGCAAACCCUACGUUUUUGAAGGAAAAGACGGCAAGCGCGUCGCGACGGACCAAUACGUUAUCGCCCAACACGGCUCCGUGAAGAAGGACUACCAGUUCCAAUUCUUAUCGAACCAACGCUUCAGCGAGAGCGACCUCGACGCAUACCGCCAAUCUCUUAUAGAGGCCAACGCCAAGGUCCCCACACAGUCAUACCUCCAAAGGAAAUACGACGAUCUCAAGGCCCUGCAGAACCACCAUUGGACUGAUGCCGACAUCAGCGCACGUAUCGCCAAGUCGAAGAAGUACGCACAUCUCCUUAACCGCUCCAACUCGGAUGCCCAGCCCAAGAUUGCGACACAGUCAGAAACAGCGGCCGCACGUAUCGCCGAGUUGAACCGCAAGAACCGCAUCCUGGAAGCCGAGCGUGUCCGCAAAGCACAACUCGACCAACAGCGUCAGAAGAAGAUGGAACAAAAGAAGGAGAUGGCCCGGCGGAAAGCAGAAGAAGAGGCCAGGAAGGCACAAGAGGAGGAGGAGGCGGCCAGGAAGAACAACAACCUGGACGUCGAUGCGCUGUUUGACGGCGACGCUUCAAGCCGAGCAAGCACACCGAACCCACAACAACCACAGCAAGGCAAGAAGAAGACCGAGCGGAAAGGACUACCGACAUUUAGAAAACCCAAGAUGGAUGACGAUAUCAUUGCUAACAUGGACAUUGGCAUGGAUAUUGAGAUUUGAGCAGGCCACCAAGCAACUUGACCUGGACUGGCUUGGUAUUGAUUCUUAGCUUCUCUUUUGAUUCAGUCUUCCGUGUAGACCCUUAGAUGAAAGUCUCUCAACUUUUGGGUAUUAGCAUUGCGCGGUGUUUUUCGGUGCCUGAGACUCAUGGCUAUCUAUAGGGGUAUGAGGUCUUUCUGCCGCAUUCGGCUUCCAUUCUUGCCAUAGUAUUAUAUACCAAAGAUUAUGUUUUGAUACC